UGGGAAGUUCUUGUCUCUUACCUCCAAUUGAAAGUCUCUCUCUGUAUAUAUAUAUGUAUAGAUAUAUCAUAUAUAUACCUCUUCAUCUUCAUAAAUCCUGAAAAAAAAAAAAGAAAGAACCAUCAUCUGAUCUGAAACUUAAAUCCUUAAUCUCUCUCUGAAAAUGGCAUCCUCAGAAGAAUUCUUAACCAUAGAAUUCAUCACCCAAUUUCUAUUGGGAGAUUUCUCAGAUCAUCAAACCCAUUUCCCAACGGAUUCCCCCUAUCUCCAUCCCAUCAAAUUGGAAGAUUUCUUCUUCGAUUCCCCAAUUCCGCCGCCGCCGCCGCCGCCGGAGAUCUCCGACAAUGAGACGAAGCCGGGCGAAGUUCUAGACCCAUCGACGCCUGAGCCUGAUGUGUCGGAGCAGAUCCGUGGGGCCGAGACGGAAGCUGCCGUGGUAGGGGCAAGUGGCGGGAAGGGGAGGAGGCAUUUCCGGGGAGUGCGGCGGCGGCCAUGGGGGAAAUUUGCGGCGGAGAUCCGUGACCCGACCCAGAAAGGAAGCCGGGUUUGGUUAGGGACUUACGACAGUGAUAUAGACGCAGCUAAGGCUUACGAUUGUGCGGCGUUUAGGCUGAGAGGGAGAAAAGCCAUUUUGAAUUUUCCAUUGGAAGCCGGGGAACCCAACCCGCCGGCGGAGGCUGACCGGAAAAGGAGAAAGGGGCAGAAAUGGAGGACUGUUCCUAAGGCAUUGAUGGCAAUGAAUGAGAAGUGAAUGCUAAUAAGUGGAAAUUAAAUUGGAAAAAAAAAAAAAAAAAAAACUAUGAACUACAUGUAUGAUUGGGUUAAAGUUAAAUGUAACUUUUUUUUUUGCUAAAGUUAAAUGUUUUUUUACUACUCUGGAGAUGGAAGAUCAUUUCCUAAGAAGAAGUAGGUGAAAGAUCAAAUGUGUAACUUCUAAAGAAGAAGAUUAUGUUAAUGAUUAAGUUCAUUUUGACAGUUAAAUGUAAUACUUAAUAUGCUAGCUAAUUUUAUGUAAAUAUGAGUGGUUACUUUUAUCCUGGUUUAA